GAUCAAUAAUUAAAGAAUCAGAGUUAGGACUUGAGGAAACAGAAUCAAGAAUUAAAAAAUUAGAAUCAAGAAUUGAAGAAUCAGGAUCAAAGAUUAAAGAAUCAGGAUCAAGGAUCGAAGAAUUAAGAUCAAGAAUUAAAAAAUCGAGAUCAAGAAAUGGAGAAUCGGAAUUAAGAGUUAAAGGAAUAAAAUUUGAAAUUGAAGAAGUGG